AUGGCCGAGUCCCAGCUGAGCUGCCUGGACGAGGCGCACGUGAACGAGAGGGUGACCGAGGCGCAGGCUGCCUUCUACUACUGCGAGCGGAGGCGGGCCGCGCUGGAGGCGCUGCUGCGCGGCGGCGAGCGGGCCUACCGCGAGCUGGUCAAGAAGGAGCAGCUGCGGGAUUUCCUCUCCAGCCGGGAGCAACAGGCCCUCCGCGCCGCCUGGAGCCCCUACGAGGAUGCCGCCGCCGUCGCCGCCAACGCCGCCGCCCGGGGCAAGAGCAAGGCCAAGGCGAAAGCCCCGGCGCAGGCCCCGGCCGAGCCCGGCGAGUCCCUGGCCUACUGGCCCGACCGCUCCGACACCGAGGUGCCCCCGCUGGACCUGGGCUGGACCGACACGGGCGUCUACCGCGGCGUGAGCCGCAUCACCCUCUUCACCCACCCGCCCAAGGAGGAGAAGGCGCCCCACCUCAAGCAGGUGGUCAGGCAGAUGAUCCAACAGGCCCAGAAGGUCAUUGCGGUGGUCAUGGACCUCUUCACCGAUGGCGAUAUCUUCCAAGACAUUGUGGAUGCUGCCUUUAAGCGCCGGGUCCCAGUAUAUAUCAUCCUGGAUGAGGCAGGCGUGAAGCUCUUCUUGGAAAUGUGUCAGGGCCUGGAGCUCACUGACUUCCGUAUUCGGAACAUCCGUGUCCGCUCUGUGACAGGUGUUGGCUUCUACAUGCCCAUGGGGAAGAUCAAGGGGACCCUGUCAUCAACGUUCCUAAUGGUAGAUGGUGAAAAAGUAGCCACUGGAUCUUACAGGUUCACCUGGAGCUCCUCCUACGUGGACAGGAACCUUCUCCUCCUCCUCACAGGGCAGAACGUGGAGCCCUUUGAUGUGGAGUUCCGGGAGCUGUAUGCCAUCUCCGAGGAGGUGAACUUGUACCAGCAGCUGAACCUGGCAGGGGGCGCCGGGAGGCUCGGCCCCAACUACUCCUCCACCGUGGCUCGCAAGCUGAUCAACCCCAAGUACGCCCUGGUGUCAGGCAGCCGCCAUCCCCCCGGGGAGAUGAUGCGCUGGGCCGCCCGGCAGCAGCGGGAGGCCGGCGGCGACCCAGAGGAGCAGGAGGAGGGUGGCAGAGGCGGCGCGGCGGCCCGGCGCCUGGAGGGCUUCCUCAAUGACCUCGUCACGCUGGAGCAGGUGCUGCCCCCUGUGGAGUCCGUUCCCUCCGGAGAGCUGCCUCGGAAGGACGGCAGGGUGCUCUCUCACCUGCGCAUGGACCUGAAGCCCAGACCCCCAGAGGCGCUCGUCCGAAACGGCAAGGGAGAAGCUGCCAACGGGGAGGCCACGGCGGCCAAGGAGGGCAGGCGCUUUAGCAAGAGGCUCUUCAGUCGACAGGCCAAGAGUCCCACGGCGCCCAACGGUGUGACCGGCUCCCUCUGCGCCGAGACCUUUGCCGAAGUGCAGCUAGUGACGGGGAAGAGGCCCAAAGAGGGCUCCAGUGCCGACUUCUCAGGUAAAACAAGUCCCAGUCCUGCCAAGGCCAGCAAUUGCAUGAUUUCCUGAGCCAUAGGUCAGCGGUGGGUAGGACCUGUGGAUGCCCCCAGCCCUGUCCUGUGGAGCAUACAGGUCAAACCCUGCACCAGUUUGCACUUCGGACCCUCACUUGCUUCCUGCCCAACGGCCUCCAUCCUGGCCUCAGGGACCCUCAAUCCCAGAUGUGAGAGUCUGCAGCACCUCAGGACGACCACAUGCACCUACAAGACUGUCGCUGGCCGGGCAGGGGUCACUCCUUCUUGUUUACAUGAAGUGGAAGCUCGACUCAUGUCUGCUCUCCUUUAUGCUGGACCCCCUCCCUCCACUGGGCCAGCCUUGCCCUGCAGGUCCCCAGAUGGGGUGAGCCCAUGUCUUCAGGCCUAAUGUGAUGGGGUCUCCAGGGCAGCCCCAGCUCCCUGACUUCUCCUUCCCUGGGCUUCCUGGUGCUUCUGGUCCCUCGGGGGGUUUGGUGGGGUAUAAGGGAAGAGGACAGAUGGGGCUCUGGGCCAGAGAGCCAGUCUUGACCUAGGCUCUGAACUCAAGGUAGAAGGUGCUGCGAGGACAG